AUGUCCUACUCUCCAUCAACUUCAGACCCCUCCCUCACAACGUCCGCCUACAUGGUCCCCCGAUCCCGCUCCUACACAACCUCAACAGACGAGGACGAGAUUGCUUCACUCCCCUCCGAAACAACUUCAGCCUCAGACCUCGAUUCAUCGCUUUCAGACUUCUCCUCGGAUGCUGAGGCCGAGUGGCAGGAAAGCAUUGAGCAGCUCGAGCUGUUGCUAACGAUGGUGCUUGUGCCGGUUGUCGGGAAGUAUUUGGGGCGGAGGUGUGCUUAUUGGAGCUGGACGAGGUUUAUGGAGUGGAAGUAUCCAGUUGAGGGGUUUGCGGGAGGUGAGAAAGGGGCCGCGGCAGGGAGCGUGAGAGCCUUUGCGUCGCUUUGA